AUGUUUUUCACAGCAAUAUUCAUUCAUGUUGUGUUUUUAUUAUCUAUCUUCGACAUCUACUUCAAAUCGCCCAUCGUUAAAAAUGUAGAUGUAUAUCAGCCAAACCAUGUGGCUCCAGCUGAUCGCUUAGUUUUAUUCGUUGUUGACGGGCUCAGAGCUGAAUCAUUCGUCAAUUAUACAACUAUGUCUUACCUUAGAGAAAUAGCAAAUAACAAUGGUAGAUGGGGUAUAUCCAACACACGUGUUCCAACAGAGUCACGGCCUGGUCAUGUUGCAAUUAUUGCAGGUUUUUAUGAAGAUCCCUCUGCAAUAGCCAAGGGCUGGAAGGAAAACCCCGUUGAUUUUGAUUCAGUGUUUAAUCAAACACAGUUUACAUGGGGUUGGGGCACAUAUGACAUAUUAGAAAUAUUUACAAAGGGAUCCACAAAUCAUAUUUUUAUAGAUAAAUUUGAUCCCUAUAAUCAAUCUUUUAGUUCUAAUAAAAAUACUACACUUUUGGAUGACUGGGUUUUCACAAAAGUGAAAUUAUUUUUUGAGAGAGCUAAACAUGAUAAUAUUUUAAAUAUAAAACUUAAAAGUAAGAAAAUUGUGUUAUUUUUGCAUUUAUUAGGCACCGAUACAUCAGGACACACACAUAAACCAAAAACACAGAAUUUCUUGACAACAAUAAAAUUUGUAGAUGAACAAAUUAUAGAAAUUGAAAAAUUAGUUAAAGAUUUCUAUAAUAAUGAUGGCAGAACAACAUUUUUGAUGACAUCAGACCAUGGAAUGACUGAUUGGGGUUCUCAUGGGACCGGUGACGAACAUGAAACACAGACUCCUUAUGUACUGUGGGGUUCUGGAGUAAAACAAAUUGAAACAAAACAUACACAAUUAGAUCCAGAAACCAAUUCAAUGUCACAAGAUCAUCGCUUUGAUAUAGAUCAAGCUGAUUUGACACCGCUGAUAUCUACUUUACUUUCAAUACCUGUACCAGUAAAUUCAAUUGGGCGACUCCCAAUUAAACUUCUAAAUAUGUCAAUAGAAGAUAAAGCUAAAGCAUUUUAUAGUAACUGCAGACAAAUGAUCGCCCAAUAUGAUAAGAAGCGAUUAGAUGUUGAAGCAAAUGCUAUAAAAUUAAUAUAUCAACCUUUUAUUUUUGAUAGCAAAAAAGUGAAAGAAACUAUUGAAGUUAUGGAAAAGAUGUUAAAUAAUGAGGAAUAUGAACAAGUUAUUGUCCUAAGUGAAGAAAUUAUGCAGUUGAGCUUAAAUGGGCUUAAUUAUUACCACAAUUACUACCAAAGACCAUUAUUAAUUACCGUUGCUCUUUCAUUUAUGGGUUGGAUAAUGUACUUGUUGAAAGUAAUAAUAAAACAAAAAAUAUUCGUUAAGGCUGAGUGUAAUUUACACCACAGGAGAGUCGGCAAAUUAAUGAAUAAUGUAAUAACAUUGUUUCUUACAAUUAUGGCUGUACUGUUAUUUUUAAUUGUAUUUGGUAUGUCUAUUUAUGUUUACGUUCUAGUGCAAAGUUUGCCAUUGCAGUACCAUAUAUAUUUUUUGAUGCCAAUUUUCUUAUGGAAAGUGACCUUAACACCCUUUAAUUUCUGGUUAGAAACUAUGGAUAUGUUAAAAAGUAAUAAAAAAAUAUAUAUGUUGGGUGUUGAAGGAUUAUGCUACAUUUUUGGAUCAUUCUCUUUGGCAGUAGCGCUAACUCAUAGAUGGGUAUUGAGUAUACCGCUUUUUGGUAUGAGCUUGUGGCCCUUCUUUUCCUCAUCAAUAUAUUUGAACAUACCUUUAAGCAUAACAUGGACAGUUGGAUGUGUGUCUCUAAGUAUUUUUUCAUUCAUGCCAGUAGUGGGAAAAGAUAUAUGGAUUGAAUUAGUAAUUUUAGCUGCACUGAUAUGGUUUUUGUUACAUGGAUUAUACAUUAAAAAGUAUCUAAUUGAUGCUACAUCUCAAAAAGAAAGUACACAAAGAGAAAUUAUCAUAAGUGUUGGACAACAAUUUCUUUUGCUUAUAUCCUUGCUAAUUAUUUAUAUUCAAUCAAAGAAAUAUGAAUCAAAAGCUCCUAAUUCUCAAGUUUUACAAUUAAUAUGUUGGAUUAUAUCAGUUGUGCUGCCAUUAAUCCCAAUGUUUUACUCAAAGAACAUUAUAAAUAGACUAAUGGGCAUAAAUGCUUCUAUUCUUAAUUUUUAUCUUCUCUUAUCGGUGGCACACGAGGGCUUAUUCAUGAUUGCAUUGAUUAUAAACGUAAACAGUUGGAUGUUCAUCGAAUUUGACCUUCUUAAUGAAAGAAAAGUUAAGCUAAUUGAAAGAAGCUUUGCCAUUGAAGAUAUUACUAGCGAAAAAGUUUUAGCUUCUAUGGGAAGAAGUAUAAAUAGCCAUGACUUUAGACGAGCUUUCUUUUUUACUUUGUACAUAAUUUUAGCAUACUUUGGCACUGGAAAUAUAGCAUCACUUAAUUCAUUUGAAGUUAGAUGGGUUUUAUGUUUUACCACUUCGUUCCAGCCCUUUGUUAUAACAACAUUAAUUUUGUUAAAGACGUUAUGUCCAUUUCUAUGUGUAGCCUGUACUUUCAGAGCAAUUCAACAUUUGACAAAGGCGCCGAUCGGUUAUUUAAAUAUGAUUGUUCUAAUAUUUUCAAAUAUAAUGGGACUCUACAUGCUCUUCCAUGUUAAAAAUAUUGGAAGCUGGCUUGAGAUAGGAACCUCCAUAUCUCAAUAUGUUAUAGUACAACUCAUAACACUUUUUGUCAUUUUAAUAAAUGAAGUCGCAAAACUAUUAACAGAUACGGAAAUAAUUUAUUUGAUAAAUAAAGUUUUUAAAACUAGAAAGAAGGCACCCUAGUCAUGUCGUCGAUUAAUUAAUGUUUAAAUAACAGUUGUUUCUAAUUUAUUAACAGAUUAUAUUUUUUCUAAAAUAAA